AAUCAACAUAGUUUCUGUUGUCAUCCCAAUGCCCAUUGCUCUGCACCAAUAUUUGUAAUGGUUCCGUUUCCUGAAAUAAUGUAAAUUAUUUACUUGGUUCAGUUUUUGUAGUUGCAAACAACUAUUUUAAUCUGUCAAAACAACCAAUAAACAACUAUUUCCAACAAUAACUUAUGCAUCUAACACUUUCAUCUGACCGACUAUUUAUAUAGGUUAAAUCAACUAUCAAACAACUAUUUCAAAACUGAUCACCAAUUAAUAACAGUAGAUUCAUAUUUUCCAGUUUCUAGAUCCUAAACAACUAUUAUUCCACUGUAAAACAACUUGUAAACAACAGUUUCAGAAUAAAACACUGUAGCAACUAUUUAUAUGCCUUAAUGUUUAUUUUCAUGCAAACCGUUGUUGUUUUUUUCUCAGAUUCAUCAAUAUUUCAUUAUUUUUUCAAUUUAAUCCGGUUUUCAUCAAUUAAUAUCAAAUUUCUAUUCAUCUACACUAAAAUUUUUUUUGCACGUUCAUGAAAAAAUUUGUUUACCUUCAAUUCUCCUUCUGAUUCAAUCAUGGGUGAGUUUCUUUGAUUUCCAGCUCUCCUUCUACUCGGUUCUUCUCCUCUGAUCGCGAUUUCUUUGUUCAAUGAUUGUUGUUUUUGAGUUUUUUUUGUACAUCAAUGGAGGUUUCCUGGUUUUUUUUUUUCCCUUUUCGUUUUUGAUUUUGGAUUUUCGGGAUUCAGCUGGUUUCCUAGGAGUUCUACAUUUUUUUAGAUUUUGAUUUUGCUGGAUUUGGAAGAAAAAUGGUUGAGAUUGGGUUGUUGGGGUUGGAUCGCUGGGUCACGAAGAAGCUGCGGCUGUUUGGAAGAAAAAUGGUUGAGAAUGGUGGUUUCCGUUUGAGAUUUUUACACCUCAUGUCAAAAUUGACACCUUUUUUACAUUUUUAUCCUUACCCGGUUUUUUAAACAUUUUUAACUUUUACAUUUUUCAAUUUUACUUUUCAAAAAGUUUAAUAAUUACAAUUUUACCUUUUCCCUUCUUCCUUACACACGUACACGCACGCCACCUCAUAAAUCCUUUCUUUUUUUUUUUUUUUGAAUUUUUCAUCUACCUUAUUCAGCCACUCUUCAAACAGAGCUUCCCACGAUCACCAUUAUCAAGCCCUAACCAAUUUUUUCUUCCCACGAUCACCUUCUCCAAGCCCUCACCCACGUUUUCCUCAACCUACAUUGUCUUCCUCCUCUAUUUUUUCUCUAUAUAAAUGGCAACCACUAGAAGUGGUUCGAAAUCACCAUCUCCGGCGAAGAAAGUUUCUAAAAAAUCGAAGAAGGCUCCAGCUGUUACUUCCCAAGUCGAACCUAAAAUGGGGUUAAAAAAAAUUGCUAAAAAUUUAGUGGCUGAUGUUCCAGAGACAUCGGCCUCUAAGAAAAGAGCCCUUCCUGUUAAAGUAGAUGCUCCUAAGACUAAGAGAGCAAAAAUUUCCAAGUCUGCACGCGAUGUUUCCUCAGAUUCCGAUUUUGAGGAUGAAGUGCAUGGUGAGGACCAAAAGCCCAAAGUUAAAUCAAAGGUCCAUGCUAGGACCUCAGUGAAGGUUGAAGGAUUUGACCUACCAAAGAAAAAUCCUGCUAAGGAAUGGGAUUAUAUAUAUGACCAGAAGAAUCUGUUCAUUGCUAAAGCCUUUUCCACUGCUACUUUCCAGUGA